UCCAUUUUUCUUUCUUUGUUGCAGAAAGAGUUGAAUUCUCUCGCAUCAGAGCUUGCUGCUCGGCAGGAAGAGAGCGAACAUUCUCACAAGCGGCUUAUUGAACUCAGCCGGGAGUUUAAGAAAAAUGUCCCAGAGGAAAUCAGGGAAAUGGUGGCUCCAGUACUGAAGAGCUUCCAGGCUGAGGUUGUUGCACUAAGUAAAAGAAGUAAGGAAGCGGAGGCAGCUUUUCUGAGUGUUUACAAGCAAUUAAUUGAAGCACCAGAUCCUGUUCCCUUACUGGAAGCAGCACGCAGCUUGGAAGAUCGGUUGCAUCAACUUCAGUGCAUUGAUCCAGAGAAUAAGAUAGUGAAAGAAAUCAGCCGGCACUGGAAGAAGUAUUCAGAUUUCCUCCCUAUUACAAAAGGUGUUUGUCAAAAGUGA